AUGGGAUUUGGAAAGUGGAAGACACAGGAAUGGGGCCCUGCAGGGGAGCCAGGGACUGCGGCUACCCCCGGGCUCUUGACAGAAACCUGGGCUCCUCGCGUCCCACUCCCACUGCGGCCUUCUUUCUCGGGCUGGCCCACACCCACCCACACUAAUAUUCUUCGUAUUACUGAUGAGGGUUGUGGGAACUUCAGCCCCAGACCUUCUAGGGAGAGUGAGGAGCCGGCCACGGAAAAGGAACCCGAGCGGGCAAAGAGGCUGGGCAAGGUAUUUGCUCAGGCAGCUCCGGGAGUCGUGGCUGGAGGAAGGCGGGCACGCUUCGUUGGAGCCGGGUCUGGAGAAUGCGGCGAGCGAGCAGCUGGCUGGUGGAAUUUGUCGCCCGCGCCCAGUCGAGGGGCCCUUCAGCUCUCGAGGGACAGCAGCAAGAGAAAGAAAGAGGCGAGCGGAAUUCCUGAAUGGAUAGGCAGAUGCUACGUCAGCGGCACCGGAGCCGCAUCCUCCACUACACCAGAAGCCGAAGCGAAGAGCUGGGAGAGACCCGCGUGCAGCCGAAGGACCACCCGCUCAGCCUCUCCUCUCCACAGAAGCAGGGAGUGUCCAUCAAGAAGCUUCUUUUGUGCAGCCCCCUCAUCUGUUUAUGGUGUCAUCAUAGGUGGCAGGCACCUCUGGCCUCAGGCUCUUCACCUGGGCGGGUGGGUACUCCACCCUCCCGCCCUCUUUCCCCUCUGUGGACUCCGAUCUUUGGCCCAGUGGCAUCUCCAGCACCACGGACAGCUCCUGGCGGUGGAGCAACACAAGCCAGUCCUAUGGAGUUUCUGUCUACUGAAAUGUAUAAGGCACCCUUGUCAUGCAAUGCCUUCGGAAGCCGGAAGAGAGCGUUGGAUCCCCUGGAACUGGAGUUAUAAACAGUUGUCAGCCACCAUGUUUCCUAGGCCCAGCUUCUGCCCUAGGAAGGAAGGCACCUUGGUAACCGCUUGACUCUGGAAGCCUGUCCAGACCUUAUCUCAGCUCAUCUGCCCUGGCUGAAAACCAGCUCAAAAAGAAGACCUGACUUGGCCCUGUACCCUCUCCAAGGUCAGGUGUGUGUCCAGACCGCCAAGGGGCUCUCUGUUCCAGCAAGAAGUGCAGAGGCAGAGGUGCAGCCUACAUAGUUUCUCCCAGGGUCAUGGGACAAGGGCCUUGCUUGCCUGGUGGCUUCCAGCAAGCUGUCCAGCCUGACCUGUCCCUUUCCUCAGUUCUCCUCUUGGCUGAGUCCUCAAGUCCCACCCCAUGACCAAUAAAGAGACUUGUAUAUUGAACAGCA